GUGAUGUUUCGGAACCAAUACGACAAUGACGUGACGACGUGGUCACCUCAGGGACGUCUCCAUCAGGUGGAGUACGCGAUGGAAGCUGUGAAACAGGGCUCCGCCACCGUUGGCCUCAAGAAUAAGGACUCGUUUGCUGUGCUUUUGGCGCUGAAGAGAAGCACUUCUGAAUUGAGUGCUCACCAGAAGAAGAUCACUCCACUCGACUCACACGUA